AUGGAUAAUGUCUCUGUAAUAACAAUGUUUGUUCUUUCAGGUUUAAGUGAAACAAAGAACCACCAAGUCGUUCUCUUCUCUCUCACUUUACUGUGUUACUGUUUCAUUGUGCUGGUAAACGUUUCUCUUAUUGUGAUCAUCAUCUUUGAUAAAAACCUCCAUGAACCAAUGUAUAUUCUGUUGUGCACGUUUUGCAUGAAUGGGCUUUAUGGGACAACAGGUUUCUACCCCAAGCUUCUGUGGGAUCUGCUUUCUCCUGUUCAUGUUAUCUCUUAUUCUGGAUGCCUUGUUCAGGCUCUGGUAAUGUACUCAUUUGCUUGCAGUGAUCUGUCUAUUCUUGCAGUCAUGGCAUACGACAGAUAUGUGGCUAUAUGUCGACCCCUGCAGUACCACUCUGUCAUGUCAAAGCAGAGAGUCUUCCUGUUAGUCUGUUUCUCCUGGUUAACACCUUUCUGCAUUAUCGGCUAUAAAAUUGUUCUAACUUCUAGAUUAAAGUUAUGUAGCCCAAAAAUUACCAGACUUUUCUGUGUGAAUUGGAUUAUUGUUAAACUUGCUUGUUUCCCAGCUGACACUAUUGUUAAUAACAUAGUUGCAUACAUUACAAUAAUCAUUUAUGUAUGUCAUGGUUUCUUUAUUGUUUGGUCCUACAUGUAUCUCAUCAGAAUAUGUGUGCAUUCUAAAGAAAACAGGGCAAAGUUCAUGCAAACAUGUGUCCCACACUUAACCUCCUUACUUACUUUUCUUUUCACUAUACUUUUUGAUAUUAUGCAUAUACGAUAUGGUUCAAGAGAUUUACCGCAAACCCUUCAAAACUUUAUUGCAAUAGAAUUUCUUCUCAUACCUCCUAUUAUGAAUCCUCUCAUUUAUGGUUUUAAAUUGACUAAAAUCCGGAACAAAAUUGUGGGUGUUAUUACUUUUAAAUCUAAAUUACUUUGGUCUUAG